AUGUAAGAUUUACAAAAGAGUGAUGGAGAUGAGAUAGUUUUUCACAUUACUAAAAAUGCCUAGCAAUACGAACCAAAUAUAACAUUAGAGAACACCCCUAAUGACAAACCUGUCCAAAAUCCAAUUAGAUUUGAAGAUAUUAAAUUAGUAUCAUCUGUACAGGUUACAGGAGAUGGUCAUUCCUAAUCUGUAAGAAUUAUAUGUUCAGGGUGUAAGACUAAGGUUAGUUUUUUAAGAUUAAAUUUCAGGUUAAUACAGUCAUCACUAGAAAGGCAGGAUUAUAAACUUAUAUAGCUGGAUUACUUCUAAUAUUCUGUUCUUUUGGAUUUAUAUGCGUUUCUUGUAUUCCAUGUUUUAUGGAUGAUUGUAAAGAUGUUCAACAUUCUUGUCCUAAUUGUAACCAAUGUUUGGGAAAGACCUAGUUUAAUAUACUUGAUUGA